UACUGUUCUUUACAUCUGACUGUGUCUGUGUGGAUAUUUUAAGGCGUUCGAUGACGAUACGAUACAGAACGUUUGUACUAUUUAGCUGAAGAUAUAUACUACACUGUGAUUUAUUUUAUGUCUAAUUCCUAAUGAUAUAUAUUUGGUUCUAAAAUACUCUGCGUUUAUCGCUUAUGAUGGAAGACGGCGGACAAAGGCGCAGAUGGGAGUACUGUUGGACUGCCUUUUGCUUUUCCUUGCUACUGUGCUUUGAGCCGCAGGUUUCAGCUCAAAUAAGAUAUUCCAUUCCAGAGGAGGUUAAAGAGGGAUCCGUUGUGGGAAAUAUAGCAAAGGAUCUCAGUCUUGAUGUCGCUUUGCUAAAGCACAGACGGUUUCGUAUUGUUUCUGGAUUUAUGGACACCCUUUUCCAGGUAAAUCAGAACAAUGGCGCCUUGUUUGUUCAUGAGAAAAUCGACCGAGAAGAGAUAUGUGAUAGCAAUGGCGCAUGUUUGCUAAACCUAAAAAUUGCCGUUGAAAAUCCACUUGAAGUUCAUUACAUUGAGGUUGAAAUAACAGAUGUAAACGACCAUUCCCCUUCAUUUCCAGAAAAAGACCUACACGUUGAAAUGGCAGAAAACACCUUAAAGGGCGCUCGCUUCGAUCUGCCAACUGCGCGAGAUUUGGAUGUUGGCAUGAAUUCAAUUCGAUCCUAUAAGCUAAAUCAAAACGAAUUCUUUGACAUAGAGAUAAGAGACAGCGAGUACGGGGAAAAAAGUCCCUUUCUGCUCCUACAGAAAACGUUAGAUAGAGAGAGUCAGGACAAGCAUGUGUUAACUUUGACUGCCAUAGAUGGCGGAAACCCAACAAAAUCUGGCACUCUAAAUAUAAUAAUCACCGUUCUUGAUGUUAACGACAAUCGUCCUGUGUGCAGCAGAGACACUUACACUGUUAUGUUAAAAGAAAACACGUCUCCCGGCUUCGUGGUUGCAUAUGUUAAUGCCACUGACCCAGACGAGGGUGUUAAUGGAGAAGUUGAAUAUACAUACGGAAGAAACGUCUUGCGUAAGGUACACGAUAUUUUUGAGCUGGACAAGGUCACAGGUAAAAUACGCGUUAAAGGGAAAAUUGAUUUCGAAGAAAAUGAAAUGUAUAGUCUAAAUAUAAAGGUAUCUGAUAAGGGGCGCCCUCCAAUGAAUACUGACUGCAGAGUUAUUAUUAAAAUUGUAGAUAUCAAUGAUAAUGAACCUGAGAUUGAAGUAACGUCGCUUUCUAAUAUUGUUUCUGAAGACGCAAAGCCCGGGACAGUCAUUUCUCUGAUUAGUAUUACGGACAAGGAUUCGGGAAUAAACGGUAAGGUAGUUUGUGGCCUGUCAAUGAAUCUACCGUUUGAAAUGAAGCCGUAUGUUCAGCAGAACAUGUAUUCUUUAGUAACAAAAGAGAGUUUGGACCGGGAGGUUGCGUCUCAUUAUGACAUCAUAAUAACAGCAACUGAUUUAGGCAAUCCUGCUCUUUCAGCGUCAACAACUCUUAGCAUAGAGGUUUCCGAUGUUAAUGACAACAAACCUCAAUUUUCAUACAGUCCUCUUGAAAUGUACCUUUUUGAAAAUAAUCCGCCCGGCGCGUCCGUGUUCGCUGUAAGCGCUAUUGACAAAGACAUAAAUGAAAAUGCAAUUAUUACGUAUCAAAUUAUAAGAAGCGAUCAGACUCAAAAUGACAUGGAUUCAUUCCUUAAUAUAAAUUCUGAAACAGGCGUUAUUAGUGCACUUAAAAUUUUUGACUUUGAAACAAUUAAAAAGUUUCAGUUUUACGUGCUCGCUACAGACUCUGGAUCUCCGUCUCUGAGCAGUAACGUGACAGUGAACGUGUUUAUUUUGGAUCAAAAUGACAAUGUUCCAGUGAUCCUACAUCCUGUCAUGGCCAACGGUUCUGCUGAAGGUGUGGAGGAGAUUCCCCGCAAUGUGAACGCAGGUCAUUUGGUGACUAAAGUCAGAGCCUAUGACGCAGAUAUUGGAUACAACGGCUGGUUAUUAUUUUCACUGCAGGAAGUUAGUGAUCACAGUCUCUUUAGUUUGGAUCGCUAUACAGGACAGAUAAGAACCCUUCGCUCAUUCACAGAAACAGACGAGGCCCAGCAUAAACUGGUCAUACUGGUGAAAGACAAUGGGAACGUUUCUCUGUCAGCAACAGCGACUGUGAUUGUCAAAGUUGUGGAGCCCAAAGAGGCUUUUGCAGCUUCUGAUGUUACAAACGCAGUAAAAGACGAGGAGGAAAACAACGUGACAUUUUAUUUGAUCAUCACAUUGGGCUCUGUGUCAGUGCUUUUUAUCAUCAGUAUCAUCGUGUUGAUUGUAAUGCAAUGCUCUAAAUCUAAUGACUAUUCGUCCAAAUAUUUACAAGAUAUGAAUUACGACGGGACUCUGUGUCACAGCAUUCAGUACAGAUCUGGAGACAAACGGUAUAUGCUAGUUGGACCCAGAAUGAGUAUCGGCUCUACUCUAGCACCUGGCAGAAAUAGGAAUACUCUAGUGAUACCAGAUCGCAGGAGGAGAGAUUCUGGAGAGGUAAGACUGAUAAUUAUUUUCGCCUUGUCUGAUUUGUUUUAA